CUCCACUAAGUGACAGACAGAGCUGAAGAUGCGUUCCCAAUUCGUCCUAGCCUUCGGUCUUUUGGCCCUUGCUGCGACUGCCUACGCUGUAGGAUCGACUCCGGGUGCCGCCACACCAACCGAUCCAUCGACUUCUCCGACCUCGCCAACUUCUCCGACCUCGCCAACCUCUCCAACCACACCAACUUCGCCCACUUCUCCAACCACUCCAAGCACCUCUCCAACCACUCCGACUUCUCCCAGCACUCCAAGCACCUCGCCGUCGACGUCACCAACGACUCCAGCUUCGCCAAGCCCUUCCACACCGUCCACUUCGCCCAGUACGUCCCCCACUUCUAGUGACAGUAGCUCACCCACCAACGCCGAACUGGAGCAGGAGGUGACCAGGAUGGAGGGAGAGAUGAGCACGCUUAGGAGGCGGAUGCGACGUAUGCAGCGUCGGGCAAGUCGGCAGCGUCGCCAGAAUAGGGUCCAAGCAAAUCGUCGUCGCAGGCGACAGAACCAGCGCAACUCUCGUCAACGCAGGGGCUGA